AUGGAAGAAAUCGAGAGCCAGAUUGGUGGCGGAAACCAUACUCCACCUAAAGAUUUUGUAUGUCCAAUAACGACUCUUGUAUUUAGUGAUCCGGUGACUCUAGAAACUGGUCAGACGUACGAGCGUAAAGCUAUCCAGAAAUGGAUAGAAAGAGGAAACUCCACGUGCCCGGUUACUCACCAGAAGCUUCACAGCGUUCAACUUCCUAAAACUAACUACGUGCUCAAAAGGUUGAUUUCUAGCUGGAAAGAGUUGAUACGCAGAAAUGAUGGUUUCACUGAAUCCCAGUUUCGGAAUCCAGAAAACAAGAAUGAGAAUAAUAUCCCUCAGUUGAUUUCUCCCAAAAGUGUCAUUAGUCGAGCAACGAUAGAUGGAACGAUUAAUGAACUCAGAGUUGUGAUUACUGAUCUUUGUACUUCACAGGUUCUAGAAAAAGCAGAAAUGGCGGUUCUUAGAAUUGAAAGAUUCUGGAAAGAAGUGAAUAUGGAAGUGGAGAUCUACAAUAUGCUAUCAAAACCGCCCGUUAUCAAUGGAUUCGUGGAGAUUUUAUUCAAUUCGGUUAACACCCAAGUGUUAGUAACCACAGUUUUUCUACUUUCCGAACUGGGAUCUAGAGAUGGUAGCGUGAUUUCGACUCUAACACGGGUUUAUUCUGAUAUGGAAUGCAUCGUUGCCCUUUUCAAGAAAGGUUUAUUUGAGGCUGUUGUUUUGAUCUAUCUUUUGAAACCUUCAAUUUCUAGCUUUCUUCAGAUGGAUAUGGCGAAUGCCCUUCUAAAUGCAGUUCAGAAGAAAGAUAAUGAGUUUCUAACGAUGUGUGUGAAACCGAAAGCUGCUUCUGUUCUACUUUUGAGCCAGAUUAUUGCAAGUGAAGAUGAUCAUGGUGCUGUUUCUGAAGUUAUUAGAACUCUCAUAUCGGGAAAGGCAAUUGAAUGCAUUAUCAGGAGCUUACAAUCAGAUUGGACGGACGAAAGAAUUGCAGCCAUGCGUAUACUCUUGAGAUGCAUUCAGAAAGACGGAAAAUGUAGGAAUAUGAUUGCUGAUAAGGCGGAACUUGCUCCUGUUCUAGAAACUUUUCUCGAGGCCAAUGAUGGAGAGCGGUUUGAAAUCGUGCAAUUUCUUUCGGAAUUAGUUAAACUAAACAGGAGAACAUUUAAUGAUCAAGUGCUUCAUAUCAUAAAGGAUGAAGGUACUUUUAGUACAAUGCAUACACUCCUCAUAUAUCUACAAACCGCUCUCACCGAUCAAUGCCCAGUUGUUGCGGGUCUCCUUCUUCAACUAGACCUUCUGGCGGAACCAAGAAAGAUGAGUAUCUAUAGAGAAGAGGCGAUAGAUAAUCUUAUAUCGUGUCUCAAGAAUUCAGACACCCCCCGUGCUCAAAUUGCGGCGGCUGAAACACUUUUGGCCCUCCAAGGGAGAUUCUCUUAUUCUGGGAAGCCCCUUGUUCGGAAAUUUCUUCUUAAACGUGUCGGACUUGACAAAACUGAUAGAUCUAUGCGGAAGGAACAACUUGCGGGCGUUUCUGGAGACGUUCAAGAAACUAUGGAAGAAGAAAAGGCUGCCCAAGUAUGGGAGGUAAAGAUGGCCUUUGUUUUAGUGAACCAUGACGUCGGUCUUAUUUUCGAGGCGUUAUCAGAAGGAUUAAAGAGUAGAUACGUAGAAGUAUGUUCGGCGUGUUUCGUGACUGCAACAUGGCUUCUACACAUGCUCACGCUUCUUCCUGACACGGGAGUUCAAGGAGCGGCACGAGCUUGCUUGCUUAAGCGUUUUGUGUCGAUCUUCAAAUCAGCGAAAGAUACGGAAGAUAAAGCUCUUUCCAUGCUUGCUCUUAGUAGCUUCAUUCACGACCCCGAUGGGCUACGCGAUAUUACCAUCCACAUGAAGGAUAUCCUUAAGGGUCUCAGAAAAUUCAAGAAAUCCUCUACGGUAGCAUUCGAAAUGCUCAAAGUUUUUUCGGAAGGAAGUGAAUCGAGUGUGGAAUGGUGGAAUCAUACAGAAUUGGUCCAAGAAGAUUGCGGCAUAAAUGGAGCCGCUAUAUCGAUAGUAUUCUGUGAAGACAAGAUCUUUUCGGGACAUUCAGAUGGAAUGAUAAAGAUAUGGACUUUGAAAGGUAGUAUUCUACGUCUUACUCACGAGACUCGAGAACAUACAAAGGCAGUAACUAGCUUGACCGUUCUACCAUCCGGGAAUACCCUAUAUAGCGGCUCGCAUGAUAAAACUAUCAGGGCAUGGUCUAUCGACAAGGACAGCAUCAAUUGCGAAGAAGUUUAUGAUGUGAAGGAACACGUUAACAAUCUCCUAGUCGUGAACAACAUCUCAUGUUUUAUUCCUCAAGGCGCCGGAAUCAAGGUCAAUUCAUGGAGUGGAGCAUCCAAGUUACUGAAUCCAAGCAAAGAUGUCAAGUGUUUGGCUCUUGUAAAUGGGAGAUUGUAUUCUGGGUGUAUGGAUAAUAGCAUUCAGGAAAUUGAUUUGGCAACGGGAACGCUGACAUCCAUUCAAAACGGCACAAGAAAACUACUGGCGAAAGCGAAUCGAGUCAACGUCUUGCAAGUUCAUGAUGAAAUGAUAUAUGUAGCCAGCUCUUCUAUCGAAGGAACUACGUUCAAGAUAUGGAGUGCUUCGAGUUACGGUCUGGUCCAGUCUGUGUCGUUGACAAGUGAAGUACGCACGAUGGCGAUUAGCUCGGAAUUUAUCUACUUCGGAUGUAAAAUGGGGAUCGUGGAAGUAUGGUAUCGAAAUAAAGUUGCUAGAAAAGAAACCCUACAAACCGGUACGAAUUCUAAAGUUGUGUGCAUGGAUCUCAACAGCAAUGAAGACGUAUUGGUGAUCGGAACCUCCGAUGGCAAAAUUCACGUUUGGGGAUUGAACUAA